AUAUUUGAAUGUAUUUGAUCCGAGAAUAGGCUACCCAAUCUAUCCGAGUAACUUCUAAAUUUAACGGAUCAAAAUAAAAUUCUUAAUCUUUAUGACAAAAUUAUUUUACCUCUCAGAGUACUUUUUCACCUCGAGAGUAAAAAUCAAGCGAAAGACGUGGUUUCAAAUUGGGGAAAAGGAAGAAAGGGCAAGAGAGUCGAGAAACGGCGCACUCCGUCUGUUCCUCACCGUCACCGGCGCGCGCACCCUCUGUUCCAGCGACUCCUAAUUAAGUUGGGAAAUAAAAAAGACUUCCAAUUUCCCAGAUGGCUGCAGCCUUUGCUUCCAGAUGCUCUCGUGUGGGCCGUUCUCUGUUUGGUGGAUUAAGCAACAGUUCCCCUGGUUUAUUUACCUCAUCACAUGGCAUGACAUGCAACAAUUUGUUUUCUCAGCAACAGCGUACCUUCAUACAGAUGAGGACUGUUCUCAAGGUUGUCGAUAACUCAGGUGCUAAAAAGGUGAUGUGCAUACAGGCAUUGAAAGGGAAGAAAGGGGCAAGAUUAGGUGACACAAUAAUAGCAUCUGUGAAGGAAGCACAUCCUAAUGGAAAAGUGAAGAAAGGGAAGGUUGUAUAUGGGGUAGUUGUGCGUGCAGCAAUGCAAAAGGGACGUUGUGAUGGCAGUGAGGUCAAGUUUGAUGAUAAUGCUGUGGUGCUUGUUGACAAGCAAGGACAACCUAUUGGAACCAGAGUUUUUGGACCAGUGCCUCAUGAGCUAAGGCAAAAGAAGCAUGUCAAGAUUCUUACCUUGGCAGGGCACAUUGCAUAAAUGAGACAAAAGGGCUGUCCUUAAAUUUUGUUAUGAAUUCCAAUGUCACAUCUACCAUUUUUAUAUUUGGAUAUUUUAGUGUGAUGUGCAAGUUUUAGUACUUUAUCAGUUUAUGAGGAGUAAAACAGGUGUAGAAGGCUUCUACUUGAAUAACUAGAAUUUGAUUUGGUUUCUAGCCUAAAAAUGAACUAGAGACACGAAAGUGAUGUGUGUUUCAUAUGUAACAUAUCAACUUAUUUAUGAUUAUGAUUUUUUUAUUUUA